ACAAAAGUAUUGGAACCAAGUGAGGUCAUGGGCAGCUGCUUUAAGAUGUUCGGCACCUUUAUGCCGCAUUACAAAUUCGGUCCAAUAUACAGACAGGUCGAGUGGGUCAAUAGGACGAUCUUUGUGUAACGCCGACAGCUUCUUCAUGUUCUCUUUGUACCUAAAACAAAAGCCAUUUGUCGGAUUCCAUUUCAAAGCUUUAGUGGUUUAGUUUGUGGUGUUCAAACUUACCUAGUAUCACCAAUGACCUCAUUCAGUCUUUGCAGAAGGUCUUCAGCAGUGAUGGUUAAUAUAUCCAACACUACUCCGCCUCCUCUACUUGCUAUUCUUGCUGCAUUGUCAGGCUGGUCCCCGCCAAGUGGUACCAUCACCAUGGGUACGGCAUGACAAAGUCCCUCAAAGAGACCAUGUGAGCCAGCAUGAGUGAUGAAGGCUCGAACUCCAGGAUGAGCUAAAGUUGGUUAACCAAUGACAAGGGAUUGUAUCAGAAAAAUAUGGAUUGACAACUUUUUUAAUCAUAGUAAGGGUUUUACCGAGUAAGUCGUUCUGGGGCACCCAGCUCAUCAUCUUUACGUUUUCUGGUGUAUUAUCAGGAACCAGUCCAGAAUAUCUCCAUAUAACCUAUCAAAGAAAAACCUAUUUGCUCGAGUACUGUAGCUACUCUGCAUAGACGCAGAUUUUUUAUUCAUCUGCAUGUAAGUAAAGAUAGCUAAAACAUAUAAAGCUCUUAAUGAAUUUCCCUAUAUAUGCUGCCACAUAAGAAAAAUCCUAAAAUAAUUCAGAUGUAGACUUUGUUUUUGCAAAAAUAUUCUGUUUACAUUUGGUGAAUUAAAAUGACUAAGCUAAGUCUCAAUUUUCAGUUCUCAUACUUACAUGAGAAAAACAAUUCUCUAUUGGCAUGAAGUCUGGAGCAAAAACCUAAACUUUCCUACCUUUAUUUUUAGCAACACCAAUUAAGAUAAGACAAAGUUUUUUGCCACUGAAUUUCAGUAGCUAAGGCUUCAGUGCUCAACCCAUUUGCAAAAGAUAGAAAUUGUAUUUGCUCAUAAAUGCAAUGUCAAAAUUGGAAGUCUAUUUGUACCUUUUGAGUCUUACUUUGAAUUAACAGUCUUAAUUUCUAACCUCUCAAGGCUGGAAGCCUAUGCAUCAUUUACAUCUUAAUGGAUGUUAUAAUACUUUUUGUUCAUUUGGUCAGUAUAUUGUUUUACAAUAAUCAAAACUAAGCAUUUCCAAAAUGACUAUACCUUCUGUGGAAUCUGUCUGAAUGCUUCAAAGAAGACUUGGGUUAUUUCAUUUGGCAUUUUUUUCAAUGCAGUGCCCAGUGUGAACACAACAAAUCCAUGUUUUCCUGACACCCAGGGCUCCAAAUCCUUUGACAAACAGAGUAUACAUUGUUUUUACAUUUUAUUGUAUACUGUUACUGUCAUCCAUAAACAUACUCCGGCCUUACUUUUGGCAGAGGAUUCCUCACGUUGCAGUUGAUGCCCCCAACUGGCACCAUAUUCGGCAUUAAUGGCCGCGGGUACUCCAGUGUGAAAUCAAUCCUGUACCAACAUAGUUAUCUGUUUAGAGCAGAGUGCACCAGAGAGAGGUGUGACCCAUAGAAGAGACCCAGAGCUAUUACAAAGCCAGAUUGCAGAGUCUGACAGCACCUCAGCUACACCCACAUCCUCUUCCAGGAACUCCGAAGCAAUACGAUCAAAACGCCAAUAUAAGAGUCGACAAAGGAGCGGCUCUAGCGCACUCACCUGUGACACACAGGAUAAGAAAGGUCUCCAGAUGGGACUGAAUAUGAAUCAUAUUGCUUUGAAUCAUACACCGAAUCAUAACAGCUAAAGGUUGUCUCUCAAAGCUCCUUAUUCUACAGCCUGACUUCCUGAAUUUAAAAGUUGCCAUGAAAACAAAAUCAAAGAAGCAGCGUGACAAAAGUUCCAGCACAAGUGAACAUGUAUUUGUAAGGCGGACAAAGAAUUAUACGAGGAAGACAAAAUUUGGUGUCACAAAAAAUAACCAGGAGGAUGAAAACCUCGGUAACCUCUUUGAUAACAGUCACGUGGUGGAGCAGCCUGAGAAGGCUAAUGGCACACAGCUCCUUGACAGAGAAUUAGAUAGUUCAUUGGAGUCUGGUUGCCCGAGUACUAGUUCUUCCCCUACAAAAGCCUCAGCUCCCUACAAAAAGCGAAAAUCACCAACAGGCCUUUGCCCUUUAUGCCAGAAGCUCUACCAGAGGGCAAAGAGGCUUAAAACACCCAUCAAAGAUAAAUUCUUGGAUAAUGCAGAUUGUGGGAUGGCCUCCUACUUGAAGGCGUGGCGCAGUGAAGAUCCCACCUCCUUAACAUGCGAUCAUUGGGUAUUGCUCAAAAAGUGGAUGCCAAGGAGGCUAACAUACCCAAUAGGGAAGCUUUCCCACACUUUGGAGCUUCUUCACACACAUUUGAAUCGAAGCAAAAAAGCAAAGCAGAAAAAGCAGCAUAAUAGACCUAAAAACCUGUGCUCAAGGCUCCAUAUUUUCCUUCAGAGGAACCUCAGACAGUUCCGAAAAGUUCAGGUGAAGAAGGGAGGCAAGAGAAACCGAAAAAAGAGGGCAAGAAAUGAUUCUCAGGGUCCUCGCGUCACCAGACAGAAGCGUCACCUUGGCAACAGCCUCCCGCAGAACAACAGUGGACACCGGUCAGAUCAGAGCAGGUUUCACUCGACUUCCGAAGAUAUGGACGUUAAAGGACAAAACAUGGAUGAAGGCGACAAAAAUGCGACUGUGAACGUCCAUCCGUCGAAAUCGUUGUUGGAAACAUCAAAGCUUGGCUACACUGCACAGAAGCAGAGAGCACCAACAAAAAAGACAGAAUUUCAAGAAUUGCUCGCCCAAGUACGUGGCAACAGGAGCACAAUUUUUAAUGAAACCCAGUAGAUACUUGCUCCUUUUCUGGUAAAAAAAUCAUUCAAAUUGUUUGUUCCUAUUUUUCCUGGCAAAGGAAGUGUUUCUUAUGAGGUGUAAUCCAGUUACGUUAGUUUAUAUGUUAUUGCAUUUUUGAGUCUAUUUAAAGUUAUAGUUGACAAUAGUUCAGAAUAAAGGAAGUAGAAUUCCAUGUUUUAUUUAUACCAGUGAAGGUUUUCUACAUCCUUCAAAGACUUCGACAAAUCACUAAUUCAACACCUUCCCUAUAGUGCAAGAAAACAGUUAAACCGUUUCAUGCACGAAUUAUGUUUUUUUUCCUUAAAUGUUUGUAUUACAGUUCAAAGAUUUAUUUCUGUCUGGCCUUUUUGUGCUAAAUUAAAAGCAUAGUUUGCAAGUUUUGCAUUGUCUAUUGAGCCACACAAAUUACAAAAAUCGAUUAAAUUGCACAUACAUACUCUAAAUUUCUAGAAAUAAAGUUUUGUUUACAGUAAUUUUCUAUUAUUAACUCAUUUAUUUUCACCAAUAAGAAAAACAGUCCCGAUGUCGGCCUCUUAAAAAUCAGUGGCAGGUGUCCGUCAGUCAACGUGGUUUACUGAGGAAUGUUGUUUCUGAGAUUUGUAAACCAGAUACUUGUGCGCAUAGAGGAAAGGAGAGGAAGUUGAGAUAAGGGGCUGGCACUCUUCAGAAAGUAUAACGCUUUGAAUUUAGGAGUUGGUUUGCUGUUUGUUUAUGGGAUUAGUAUAUAAAGAGAGGAUGGGCAUUGACAGCCGAGACAGGAAGUGUGUCUGCAGACCAGCUCCACAAUGCACAAAACCGAUACGUUUCAAAAGGGUAACCAAAAUACUGUAUUGGGAGGAACAAUCGAUGACAUUGACUUUUUCUGUAUAAUAGCACACUGAGCAAACCACCGCACUAGGACUGCUUGCACAGUCUAUGCACCAUUGCAGUGAAGUUUAAGAAAUGUUGUCCCGCAUGUAAAGAACAAUAGGCUGCUGUGAUUUAAGAUUAAGGCCUACAAUGUUUAACUUUUUUAUUGUGUGGCUAAGUUGUUUUUUUUUUUUUUCUUUUUUAAUCUCUGAUUUAGAUAUCUAUUAUACUACAGCCAAAUUCCAACGAAGUUGCGAUGUUGCCUUUAACAACAUUUAAGGACACUAACUGUUGAAGCUUUUUUGGUGGAAUUCUUUCAAAUUUUUGCCUGAUGAACCGCAUCAGCUGUUCAGAAGUCCGGGGUCUCCAUUGUCGAUUUUACGCUGCAUAAUUCGCCACACAUUCAAUGGGAAACUGGUCUGAACUGCGAGCAGGCCAGUCUAUUAUCCGCACUAUUUUGCUAUGAAGCCACGCUGUUGAUACACAUGCAAAAUUUUGUAACGUCAAACUGAAAAAAGCAGGGGUGUCCAUCAAAAAAGACUUUGCUUGUAUGGCAGCUAGGGUUGUUCCGAUCAUGUUUUUUUGCUCCCGAUCCGAUCCCGAUCGUUUUAGUUUGAGUAUCUGCCGAUCCCGAUAUUUCCCGAUCCGAUUGCUUUUUUUUUUGCUCCCGAUUCAAUUCCAAUCAUUCCCGAUAAUUUUUCCCGAUCAUAUACAUUUUGACAAUGGAUUAAGAAAAAAAUGAAUAAAACUCGGACGAAUAUAUACAUUCAACAUACAGUACAUAAGUACUGUAUUUGGUUAUUAUGACAAUAAAUCCUCAAGAUGGCAUUUACAUUAUUAACAUUCUUUCUGUGAGAGGGAUCCACGGAUAGAAAGACUUGUAAUUCUUAAAGGAUAAAUGUGACUUUGUAUAUUGUGACUAAAUAUUGACAUCUAGUGUAAUUGUUGAGCUUCCAGUAAAUGAUACUGUAGCCAUUUAACUGUUCUGCCCAAAUGCAUGAUGGGAAGUGCAACCAUGACUGCGUAAUGGUACCAAUUGAUAUAUGUUCUCUGCGUUGGGAAAUAACAUAGGGUGUUAAGAAAAAGAUCAGUUACUACCUUUCUUCCCCACAUCGCUUCCCAUGAUAUUUCUAAUCGUAGGGAGAGGGAUUGUAAGGUUUUAGCCAAUUAAAAAAAGGCUCCAAAGGCUGCCAAAAUUCUCUCUACUCAUUUUACGCUGCCUUUUAGCUCUAUGUAUAUAGGUAACACGGCGCCAUUACAGAUUGAACGCGACAAUGCGUGAGUGGGUCGUGCAGCGCAUGCGUUAAAUAUUUUAACGUGAUAAAUUUUUUAAAAAAUUAAUUACCGCCGUUAACGGGAUGAAUUUGAUAACCCUACCUUAAGCCUAAACUAAAGACUCUGGAUGAGUGUAACAUAUUAUGUCUGUAACGUUAAAUACAGUUAGAAAACGAUUUAAUUAAAAAAUAUAUUUAAAAAAGGCAUGUCCGAUAUUUUUUUGCCGAUUCCGAUACUUUGAAAAUGACGUGAUCGGACCCGAUCGAUCGGCAUCCCGAUCGUUCGGGACAUCUCUAAAUUGGCAGCAUGUUUCUUCAAAACCUGUAUGUACUAUUCAGCAUUUACAGCUGUCUAAAUUACCUAAGCCAUUGGCAAUAAUGCCCACCCAUACCAUCAUAGAUGCUUGCUUUUGAACUUUGUGUCCUUAACAGUCUGGACGGUUGUUUUCCUCUUUGGCCCGGAGGACAACGUCCACAAUUUACCAAAACAAUUUGAAAUGUCAUCAGACCAUAAAACACUAUUACACUUUGCAUCAGUCCAUCUUAAUGAGCUCGGGCCCAGAGGUGGUAUUUCUGGGUGUUGUUAUAUGCUGUUUGGUUUGCAUCAUAAAGUUUUGUGUUGCACUUACAAAUGUCGCACCGAACUGUACUUACUGACAUUGGUUUUCAGGCGUGUUCCCCAGCCCAUGUGAUAUUCCUAACACCUUCAUCCUUUGAUGUCAUUUUCUGAUAGAGAGCUGCUUGAGGAAUUAAUGGUCACGGGCAUUCGAUGUUUUCAGCCGCUUGCAUGCAGUGAUUUCUCCACAUUUUCUGUACCUCUGGUUUGUCACAUGUGGAGAAGGAUUAAAAGACUGACAGUAGUACAGGUUUAGGUUUCUCUCUAAACCUUCAUUUUUGUCCUUGUCAAGCGGAAGAAAGUUUUCUGCCAUCUAAGAUUUAAUGUUAAUAAUCAGUGGCGCCUCCAGAAAUUUUUCAUAGGGGUGGCCAGAUGGGGCCACUUAAAAUCUUGGGGUGGCCAAAACUAAAAGCCAUAAUUUCAGGUUUUCAUUAUAUUAUUGCAGUAAAAAGGUCAGGGGAAAACUAUCAGAAAGACUUAAGGACACAGCUACUGAUAUACUUUGGUGUAUUGUGUAAUAUUUGAUUUUACUAAUGAUUUAAUGUGCAUAGUCCGUAACUGUCCAGUCAACAUUAUGAGUCCCACAAUAAUUCUGUUUUAUUGUGUUAUGUAUAUAUUAGGCAUAAGGUGUACAUUUAACUAGGGCUGUCAAACGAUUAAAAUUUUUAAUCGGGUUAAUCACAGCUUAAAAAUUAACUAACCGUAAUUAAUCGCAAUUCAAACCAUCUCUAAAAUAUGCCAUAUUUUUCUGUAAAUUAUUGUUGGAAUGGAAAGAUAAGACGGAUAUAUACAUUCAACAUACUGUACAAAAGUACUGUGUUUGUUUAUUAUAACAAUAAAUCCACAAGAUGGCAUUAACAUUCGUUCUGUGAAAGGGAUCCACGGAUAGAAAGACUUGUAAUUCUUAAAAGAUAAAUGUGAGUUUGUAUAUUGUGACUAAAUAUUGCCAUCUAGUGUAUUUGUUGAGCUUUCAGUAAAUGAUACUAUAGCGACUUAACUGUUCUGCCCAAAUGCAUGAUGGGAAGUGGUGCAACCAUGACUGUGUGUGGUGGCUGCAAAUGCUAUAUCUUCUCUGCGUUGGAUGCACUACAGCAGUACUUCUCAAAUGGUGGGGCGCGCCCCCCCAGGGGGGCGCAGAGCGAUGCCAAGGGUGGCGCGAGUGACCUCGGGGAACAUGCUU